AUGUUGGAAGUUCUUGAAGUUGUUGGUAGUUUUGUUAAGGAACGUAGAUGCAUGAGUGAAAAAAACGAAAGAACAAAGACAAAGAUUUCUUGUGUGUUGCUGGAAUUUGAAGGGAAUGGCAAAGACGAACCAACCAAAAUUUCAGACACCAAUCUCAAUAUUUUCAUACUUGAGUUAUUCAUGGGAGCUACAGAGACAACAAACAGUACUGUAGAAUGGGCGAUGACGGAACUACUCACUAAUCCAACAACAAUGAAAAAAGUUCGAGAUGAGAUUACUCAAGUUGUUGGCCACAAAAGGAGUUUUGAAGAGAGUGAUAUCGAUAAUCUACCCUAUCUACGAGCAGUGAUUAAAGAAACGCUGAGGUUACACCCACCAAUCCCGUUACUGGUACCUCGCAGCGUGAUUAAAGAUACUGAACUGAUGGGGUAUAUCAUACCACAAGGAACUCAAGUGUUCGUAAACGUUUGGGGACUCGGAAGAGACCCAGCUUCCUGGGAUGCACCAUUGGCGUUCAAACCAGAACGGUUCUUAGAUUCCACCGUUGAUUACCGUGGGCAAAAUUUCGAGUUCUUACCAUUUGGAGCUGGCCGACGUAUUUGUCCCGGGCUUCCUCUGGGUAACCAAAUGCUUCACCUUGUCCUAGGAUCAUUGAUCCAAUCUUUUGAAUGGUCCCUAGAGGAUGGUGUUACUCCUGAAACCUUGGACAAGAGUGAUAAAAUGGGUAUGUCACUGAGGAAGGCAUUCUUGUUGAAGGCAGUACCUAAACCUGUAUGUCUUUAAGCUUCGCCAAAUAAUUUGAAAAGCUAGAUGGCCACAAGAGCCUAAUAUGUUUGUUUUCUUCUUCAGUUUUUCUUUCUUUUUCCAUUAGUCUGUACUUUUUAGUUUGAAGUUAAAUGUUGCAAGUUCUCAAAAUCCGUGACUUGUAAUCAUGUAGCUAGAUUGAUGAUCAGUUGAUCACCAUAUAUAAAUCUUAUUUGUAUA